AUGCCCUGGAGCGUCCGGUGGGUCGGCGGCCGCGGCGCCCAGUCCCAGAAGCAGUGCAAGAAAUCCUCCUUCGCCUUCUACCAGGCGGUGAGGGACCUGCUGCCCGUCUGGUUCCUGGAGGACAUGCGGACCAUGGAGGUCUUCCACUGGGAGGACGGGGGCAAGGUGAGCGUGUACUCGCCCUCGGAGGCCCUGCUCUACGCGCUGGUGCACGACCACCAGCCCUACGCCCGGCACCUGCUGACUAAGUUCCCCCAGAGCGCCCUGGCCGUGCCCAGCCAAAGCUUCAGUUGCUGCCAGUCCUCGGCCCCGCACCUGGCCAUGGCCGUCCGCUACAACCGGGUCCGUGUCCUCUUCCGAAUCCUCAAGGCCAUCCAAGCCUUCCCGCCGAGCGACAGAGCCGGCCACCUGGACCGCCGGGGCUGCAGCCGCGUGGAGGGCGGCAAGACGGCCUUGCAUGUGGCCUGCGAACUGGUGCGACCCGAGUGCUUGCUCCUGCUGCUGGGGCACGGCGCGUCGCCCUGCUUGCAGGACAGCGCCGGGAAUACCCCCCUCGACACCUUGCUGCAGCAGAUUUCCCACACGCCGGCGGCUAACAUGCGUGCCAAGCUCCUCUGCCUCGACUGCCUCUUCUUCUUCGUGCCUCAGGACCUCCAGUUCACAAUGAAACAGCAACUGUUGGACAACCGGCAGCGGUGGCAGGACCUCCUGGGGGAGAACAGGUUCCAGUGCCUGCUGGGCUUAGCUCCCCCGUCGCUGUUUGUUGGAGCCAUGCGUGUCUUGAUCAGGACCAUUUCACCUGAGCAUUUCCCGGAGGCUCUGGACGAUCUGCCUCUGCCUCAUUUUCUAAAGCCUUUGGACUUGAAACUGGAGAGCUAGAGGGGUGGUACGAGAGCCUCCCGCUCACCUGACAGAAAUAGACUGUUGUGCUAAAAACGUAUCGGUAUACAAAGCUGCUAAUGCGGUGGCCAAGUAUCUGUUUUAAUUAGAACUGUAUUUUUUAAAAGAAUUGUAUCUGGCACUUUACAAUAUAUUUUAUU